AUUUAGGUGAGAUGUUUACGGAAGAACAGAAUGAAAUGGUGGAAUCAGCUGCUGAGAUGCUUUAUGGUCUUAUUCAUGUUCGUUACAUUUUGACAACUAAAGGAAUGGCUGCAAUGACUGACAAGUACAAGAACUGUGAUUUCGGGAGAUGCCCGAGAGUUUUCUGUUGCGGUCAGUCUUGUCUCCCUGUUGGACAAUCCGACAUCCCGAGAUCGAGUACUGUUAAGAUAUACUGCCCAAAAUGCGAAGACAUUUCUUACCCGCGAUCUAAAUUCCAAGGCAAUAUUGAUGGAGCCUACUUUGGAACCACAUUCCCUCACUUGUUCCUGAUGACUUACGGGAACUUAAAGCCGCAGAAACCGACUCAAAACUACGUCCCAAAAAUCUUUGGUUUUAAGGUACACAAACCAUGAAGCUUACCGCGCUGCAUUCUCAAUGGUGAUACAUUUUUAGUGGGCUCGGUUUUUUGCAUCCGGAUGAGCAACGGAAGACGAUAGCUGCGGUUUGAAUGAACGAACAUACAUCAAUCAUUGGGUAAAGAGGGUGAAAGCUAAAAUGAAGUUGGAAGAUGGAAUCUUGAAAUAAUCUACAAUGAAGCUCCAAGAAAACUUGUAAGCGCAACACAACAGCCUGGCUCUUUGAGGGAAAAAAAAAAGACACUUAUCGGGGUUUGUCUCCGAAAAGAUUUCCCCCAGUUAGUUGGAUUUUUGUUUUUAACUGUUGUUUCCCUUCUCAGCUUAUUAUUAUUUGUCUUUCUAAUUUCAUGUAAAACCUCAGAAAUUGUUUCCUAA